UGAUUUCCUUUUUUCAUUUUUUAUUCACUUUAGACUUUCAAGUGUUCAUAACCUCAGAUCUUCACUCUCUUUUAAGCUAAAAUUCCAUGUAGUGUAUUGUAUAUUUGUGGUUGAAUUAAAGCAGUACAUCUUUUAUUUAAAGUUAUGAUGAGCUCAGUUGUUUGAAAGGUACUGCAGCUAUCUUUCCAAAGUGAGAAUUCCCUUCUGUGGUUACCAGAUGUAUCGUACUGUAAAAGAUGUUGCUGAUUUUAAAGGAGUGUUCUCAAUCCAGGCUAUUACAGCUGAACAGGACAUACCAUAUGCCUGUUGUUUGAGUUUAGAUCUGUGUGGAAUAGAGAUCAUAUCUUUGCAGAGCUCUUUUCUGAAAGUGGGAAAGUGCAUUUCUCUAUGGAAUCACAGUUUCCCAUAAGAGGCAGACUGCCAAACGAAUUGUCCCGUCCCAAAAGAAACUGUACCCUCUCUUUUGAGUGAAUUGUUGACAUGGGAAGAGGUGAGGGGAAGCCAAACCAUCUUCUUUUUCUUAGGCUUUUUGCUUCCUUGGAAUCUCUCCAAGCCAACAUUAAAGAAUAAUUCAUGGAGACAUACCUUGUAGCUAUUUGUCUUUUUGCGUGUAUGUAGGUAUUAUUGUUGCAGACAGGAGUCUAAGCUGCAUUAAAAGAUGGCUCCUGAAAAUGAAAUUCAUAUGAAAAUGAAUAUUCCUCAUAUAGGUAGUAACUGCACGAGGAAUAUUUAGCUUUCAUGAAUAAUGACCUUUACAAGCGCAUGUGGAAAUCAAUUGUCCUAUUAGAGUAAAAGGCAGCGGUUCUGAAAACUGAGGUCUGAACACGAGAAGUCAUUUGCUCUAAUCAUGUAAGAAAUUAAACUGCCUGACAUACCGGCCUAUCUUAUUGCAUGUUUACUCAAAGGUGAAGUUGAGUUCCAAGAGAUUUGCGCUCAGGGAAAUGCAUAAAGGCCUUUAGCACUACACAGACAAGGGCUUCUGAGAAAUCUUUUGGUUCUGUUCAGAUUGUUCUUGCAUGCUUGUCUCCUUUCUUGCUAUUUAUCAGAUUUGGGAUCACAUUUGCAGGUAGAUCCACACAAAGUUUAUGAUCUCUACAGUAUUUCUAAAAAAUUUCAUGUAUGCCUUUUCUGUCUCAUUCGAGAAACUGAACGCAGAUAACUUCUACCUGUCAUCGAUGUGGGUGAAACAUCAGGAGAGAAUACUUCUGGAACAUGGCCAUACAGCCCGGAAAACACACAACAACCCUGUGAUUCCGGCCAUGAAAGCCUUUGACAACACAAAAAAUUACAAAGGAUGACAAAAGCUGAAGUGGUUGCUUUGGCUCUUGUAAAUUCAACUUUUAAAUGAAUUUAUUGAGAAGUUGAGAUUAUUAAAACUGGGCAAAAUGUCAUUUUCCAUUGAAGCACGGGGGUUUGAACACCUAGUUCUCUGAAGUUAGAUUUGGAUCCUUCUAUAUUCAGCCAUAAAUAGAGGUGCUAUCUCUUUCCUGAUAAUGAUUCUAGCAUAUUAUCCCAUCUUUGGGUUGGCAUUUUCAUUAGGUUUCUCACUGUAGCUCCAAGACUCCUUUCUUGAUCAGUUCCAUUUGGUUCAGCCAGCAAUGGUAUGUACAUGGGACAGAAAUGGACAGCAAUUAACACUUGGUUACAUCAAAUUGCAUUUGCCACUUUAGUGUCUAAUUUUUGUUAUAUUGUUAUUUAUAGAAGCUUGGUGUGGUAGUUUUAAUUAUAAAGAUUUUUUUGUAUUUAUGUGCAAAAAAUUGUAAGUUUAUUCAUUAAUAAAUAGGGCAUUAUUUAAAGAAGCCAAAAUAAAACAUUAGAGAUUUUAUGAUUGGUUUAAUCUGGGUGUGGGCAUCUGGUAAUAUUCAGUUUGUGCAUCCUGUGCAACAAGACACGCAUGAUUCAGUUUGGUUAGCUAAAAUAUCCUGUUUUGAUAAAUUGUCAAGUUUCCAAGAUAGACUCUGUGUGUACUUUCCUACAUUUGUAGUGGUAAUCCAGUUAUUUGGAUUUAAGAUGAGCUGUUUGAAUUUUCUCUUGCUGACCUCAGGGUUGUAGAACUGGCUUAUAUACCAACUGCUUUGCACUGUGGGUUGGCCUGUUAAUUAUUUUACCUCAUAUAGUAAGUAUAUUACCUAGGUAACUCUGGCAAGACACAUAGUCUUUCUUUGUCUUCCUUUCUGUCUGUAGGGGUUAAGUUGAAGAAAGUACCAAUCAGGACAUAUAGCCCUGGAAUUUGUCACUGUGCCAAAACUGAGUGCUGCAAAUGUUUACUGAAGAGGUCUGAUGGAAUUGGCUAUAGUCUAUAUGUGCAGAUCAGCUCUCAAAAUGUCUUCUGUGUCUUCCAUGUACCUCCUAAGCCAGUUGUGUUAGCCCUCCAACUAGUUGACUAAUAGAAUUAAUAACUGUAAAAGCAAAAAAGCAAAACCACACAACAAAAAGCAUUCUAGAGCCACAUGCCUUAUGAAGUCAAUGCUGGGUAUGAUUUUACAAAUAUGGUCCGGAAAAAGAACCCCCCUCUAAGAAACAUUGCUAGUGAAGGUGAAACAGAGGCUCUGAAGUCGCCAGGUUCCGCCAGUGACAGUAUUCAAAGGAAACAAGAUUUUUCUGCCGGUCAGAUGCAAGAAAACGCUGAGCCGGGUGAGGCUGUGGAGCAAACUGACAAGGAGGGGUUUUGCACACAUGUCAAUGAGCCAUCUCCCAGUACUACAAAGGACUUGAAAAUCUCAGUGACGAAUGAAAAGACUGGCUUCAAUUAUGAAAGCCACAAUAAGGGAGGAAAUGUUCCAUCCUUCCCUCAUGAUGAGGUGACAGACAGAAAUAUGCCAGCCUUCUCAUCUGCAGCUGUUGAGGGAAUCUCAGAGCCCUUGAAGUCUCCCCUCAGAUCAGAUGCAGAUGACACCCAAGAUGUGGUCUGUGCCCCGUCAGGCGAUCUGAUGGAGAAAAGCGAAGAGCACUGCCUGUCGCCAAAAUCUGCGGAUGAGACAGUGCAUGUGCAAAGCGGUCAAUCUGAUGGCCGGGGUUCAAGCCCAGCCUCGGUGGCCUCAAAAAACCCACAAGUGCCUUCAGAUGGGGAUUUAAGGUCAAACAAAUUGAAAACAGAGUUGUUGGCAAAUGAGAAUCCAGAUACUGCGCCUCUUUCUCCAGAGCUUCAGGACUUUAAAUGCAACAUCUGUGGCUACGGUUACUAUGGGAAUGACCCCACAGAUCUAAUCAAACACUUCCGCAAAUACCACCUCGGGCUGCACAACCGCACUAGGCAGGAUACUGAGCUCGACACUAAAAUUUUGGCUCUCCACAACAUGGUACAAUUCAGCCACUCCAAAGACUUCCAAAAAGUCAAUUGUUCUGUGCUUUCAGGGGUCCUUCAGGACAUCAAUUCUCAAAGACCUGUCUUGCUAAAUGGAACUUAUGAUGUGCAGGUGACUUUAGGUGGGACUUUUAUUGGCAUUGGACGCAAAACUCCAGAUUGCCAGGGCAACACCAAGUAUUUCCGCUGCAAAUUCUGCAACUUUACCUACAUGGGCAAUUCAUCAACGGAGCUGGAGCAACACUUCUUGCAGACCCAUCCAAACAAGAUAAAAUCCACACUACCUGCCUCUGAAACCAGCAAACCUUCAGAGAAGAACUCGAGCAAGUCCAGCCCUACUGUUCGAUCUAGUGAGACUGGAGAUUUGGGGAAAUGGCAGGACAAGAUCACCGUAAAAGCUGGAGAUGACACUCCAGUUGGUUAUUCGGUGCCCAUCAAGCCUCUUGAAUCCUCAAGGCAAAACGGUACGGAUGUCUCCAGUUACUACUGGUGCAAAUUCUGCAGCUUUAGUUGUGAAUCAUCCAGCUCACUCAAACUGUUAGAACAUUACAGCAAGCAUCAUGGGGGGAGCCAGGCAGGGGGCCUUCACCCAGAUCGGAGUGACAAGCUCUCAAGGGGGUCAGUCAUUAAUCAUAAUGACUUAGCCAAAAAUGCAGAUGGAGAGUUAGCAGCAAAGACUGAGAAGGGCUCUAGCAUGGCCAAAAAGGACUUUUCCAGCUCAGGAGUGGAGGACAACGUGGUGACAAGCUACAAUUGUCAGUUUUGUGAUUUUAGGUACUCUAAGAGCCAUGGCCCAGCUAUAAUAGUGGUGGGGCCUCUUCUUCGCCAUUAUCAGCAGCUACACAACAUUCACAAGUGUACCAUUAAGCACUGUCAGUUUUGUCCUCAAGGCCUCUGUAGUCCAGAAAAGCACCUUGGAGAAAUUACUUAUCCUUUUGCUUGCAGGAAAAGUAAUUGUUCCCACUGUGCUCUCUUGCUUUUGCACUUGUCCCCUGGAAUGCCAGGAGGCUCCAGAGUCAAGCAUCAGUGUCACCAGUGCUCUUUCUCCACCCCUGAUGUAGACAUUCUCCUGCUUCACUAUGAAACCACACAUGAAGCCCAGGUGUCUGAAGUCAAGCAAGAAGCAAAUGCCCUGCAAGGGGGGGAUGGACCGCUGACUGUCCAAGAAAGCAAAGAACACUCAUGUACCAAAUGUGACUUUGUCACUCAGGUGGAAGAGGAGAUUUCUCGACACUACAGGAGAGUCCAUAACUGUUACAAAUGCCGUCAAUGCAGCUUCACAGCUGCCAAUACUCAGUCUUUACUGGAGCACUUCAACACUGUGCACUGUCAAGAAAUGGAGGCCACAACAGCCAAUGGGGAAGAUAGCCAUGGGGUGACUGCUGCUCUUAAAGAAGAACCUAAAAUUGACCUGAAGGUCUAUAGCCUGAUCAUUGCUGACCCAAAAAUGGGGGAGCAUGUCUCUGAAACCAUAGUGAAGAAGGAAAAGCUGGACGAGAAGGACGCAUUGAAAGAGAAGUGUUGGCCAGAUGGGUCCAAUGACGAUCUUCGCAGCACGCCUUGGAGAGGAGUAGACAUUUUGAGGGGAAGUCCAUCCUACUCCCAAACCAACUUGGGCCUUCUGACCACAGUGUCUGUUGGCCAAGAGCAGCCAAAGCCCUUAAGAGAUAGUCCAAAUGUAGAAGCUGCACAUCUUGCACGGCCUGUUUAUGGCUUGCCUAUUGAGACCAAGGGGUUCCUGCAGGGGGUACCCCAAGGAGGUGGAGAAAAAUCUGGACCACUCCCUCAGCCAUACCCUGGAUCUGGUGAUAACAAGUCAAAAGAUGAAUCUCAGUCCCUCUUACGGAGACGCAGAGGCUCGGGUGUUUUUUGUGCCAAUUGCCUGACCACAAAGACCUCUCUCUGGAGAAAGAAUGCAAAUGGAGGAUAUGUAUGCAAUGCGUGUGGUCUCUACCAGAAGCUUCACUCGACUCCGAGGCCUUUAAACAUCAUUAAGCAGAACAACGGCGAGCAGAUCAUUAGGAGACGGACAAGAAAGCGCCUUAACCCAGAGGCUCUUCAGGCUGAGCAGCUAAACAAACAGCAGAGAGGAAACAGUGAGGAACAAGUCAACGGCAGCCCGUUAGAUAGGAGGUCAGAGGAUCAUUUAACAGAAGGUCACCAGAGAGAAGUCCAGCUUCCCAGCCUGAGUAAAUAUGAAGCCCAGGGUUCAUUGACUAAAAGCCAUUCUGCUCCACAGUCAAUAUUGGUCAGCCAAUCUCUGGAUAUUCAUAAAAGGAUGCAACCUUUGCACAUUCAGAUAAAAAGUCCUCAGGAAAGUACUGGAGACCCAGGCAAUAGUUCCUCUAUAUCAGAAGGAAAAGGAAGCUCAGAGAGAGGAAGUCCAAUAGAGAAAUACAUGAGACCUGCUAAGCACCCAAACUAUUCACCACCUGGAAGCCCUAUUGAAAAGUAUCAGUACCCACUUUUUGGGCUUCCAUUUGUACACAAUGACUUUCAAAGUGAAGCUGAUUGGCUGAGAUUCUGGAGUAAAUAUAAGCUGCCCGUUCCUGGGAAUCCACACUACUUGAGUCAUGUGCCUGGCCUACCAAAUCCUUGCCAAAACUAUGUGCCUUAUCCCACCUUUAAUCUGCCUCCUCAUUUUUCAGCUGUUGGAUCCGACAAUGACAUUCCUCUAGAUUUGGCGAUAAAACAUUCCAGACCUGGGCCAACUGCAAAUGGUGCCUCCAAGGAGAAAGCGAAGGCACCGGCCAAUGUAAAAAAUGAAGGUCCCUUGAAUGUAGUGAAAACGGAGAAGGUUGACCGAAGUACUCAAGACGAACUGUCAACCAAGUGCGUGCACUGUGGCAUUGUCUUUUUGGAUGAAGUGAUGUAUGCCUUGCAUAUGAGUUGCCAUGGUGACAGUGGACCUUUUCAGUGCAGUAUAUGCCAAUAUUUUUGCACGGACAAGUAUGACUUCACAACUCACAUCCAGAGGGGCCUACAUAGGAACAAUGCACAAGCUGAAACGAAUGGCAAAUCUAAAGAGUAAAAUAAAAUAAAAAUAAAAUAAACCUUAGCACUUAGCACAAUUAAACAGAAAUAGGUUUCCUUGAUGGGGAUUCAAUAGCUUGUAAUGUCUUAUUAAGCACUUCAUAUAGCAAGCAUGCCUUAUCCAGUAUAAAGACCUUCAUUCUUUUCUCUUCCCUCCUUUUCCUUCUUAUAAACAAAAAAGUGAGUUCCCAAGAAAGAGAGGCAAAAUGGAUGGCAGCUGAAAUGGGGCGUGGGGUGGGUAGGGCUAAAGGAUAAUCACUUGCAACCCGUCCCACCAAAACUAUACAAAAGACACUAUAUCAGGGCAAGUCUCUUUGGGGGAAAAAUCUUAAACAGAUAACUAAUGCUUUUCUUCUUGUACGGGAAAAAAAAACCUUAGCUGGCUAGAAUGCAAAGAUGUAUAAUGCUGAAGCAGGUGUACAGUAAGAUAUGCACACUGUAUAGCAAAAUGGACUUAUAAAUAAACUGAUGUCCAGAAAUCUAGUAGUAUUUUUUUUUCAUUUGGGUUCACUUUGGCCUAAUUAGAAAUCAUAAUUUCUACAAUCUGGAGGCAGUACUUCUCUCUGGAUAUCAGUCAGUGCCUAUUACUUGAUCGCUACAUUUUGCAGCCUGCAGCAGUUGCUCCCAGUCUUUCAAGGUCUAGAGAAAAAUGGACAACAUAUGGUCCAUGGCUGCAUGUGCUCCUCGGAUUAUUGUGUAUCCCCCUACUCCAUUGCCAAACAUUCUGGGCUGCUGCCUCUAAAAUCCCAGCUAUUUUGGUAGGAAAAAUAAUGUGCAGGAAGCAUGUCCCUUGUUUCUCAGAAUAAAUGUACUUAUAGUAUACUAUUGAAGGUACGACCCUAUUAGGAAGGAGCACAUGUUUCCUACACACUCUUUUCCUCAGCAAUAUUGCUAAGAUUUUUGCAGUGGUAGACACUUCAGCAGUGGAGUUUCAGGGAUUCAUAGCAGGAGGAAGUACCCCCGUUGGGUUUUGGAUGGCAGCAUGCAGCUACCCAACAAGUUAUUCUCCAAUAGGAUGAGUAGCUUCUUGCAGAUCCAGAACCAUGUAGGUCACAAUAUACUGUUCCUUCCUUCUUCCUUCAGGAAGGAUGAAGUGAGUGAUUUAUGGGCCUCAGAAAAUGAAAAUGAUAUUCACAGUGAAGAUGGGGUUUUUUGCCUCAUAAAUCAUUGAAAGAUUUGGGAGGGCCCUUGUGAAGUGUAGAUCAUGCUAGUCUUCACUGAAUUCCAACUUAAAAUGUACUCGGGAGUUGCAGGCAUUCAUGGGUAACUUUGGCCAAAAUAUAGAUUUUGGAGUACAGUCCUAUAUUAAAGUAUUCUCUUUAAUGAACUGCCUCUGAAAACUAGUUUUAUGAACUUGAUAGGCAUAGUUUUAAUGUUUCACAUUAGCUGUUCUUUCUCAAUUUUGCUUCAGGGUUGACUGCAUGACUGACUUCCCCCAAAUGUACGUUGGUUAUUUGUAUGCAGCAGUCAAUUUCUUUACUAGACUUAAUGCCAACUUUUGCUAGCAUUUGCCUUCAUGGCUUUUUUGUUGUUCUCGUUGUUGUUUUAUUACUUUAAAGAAAUAAAAAAGAACCUUUUGUAAAAAAAUAUUCCAUGAAGGGAAAGCUCCUCAGCGUAACUGCUCAGGGAAAUAGGGCUAAAGAACUAAAUAUUCAGUCAUCGGUGCAAGGUGCUGUUAGAAAAGCCUCCAUAGAUGCUACAAGGAUCUACAAAGGAUGGACUUCCAAUCAUUUGCAUUAUCUCAGCCCAACCAGUAGUUUAGAUUAUUUUUUACGAAGGGAUAUACAAGAGAUAUUACAAGCUACUGGAUGCACUGUCAGAUUAACUUAUUUCAUUUAAGAAGUUGGGAGAACAAAUAGGAAAAAAACUUAUUUUUCUAGUAAAUAUUAAUGUAUUACAUUUCAAAUAAUGGUGCCUGACAUAUUGAAUAAUUAUUUUCUACAGUGUACGUAUGCAACAAAGAUAUUCCAUCAUGCAUAAGAUUCAGCGCUGGCUCAGCCUCGCUCUGUUUACAUUUGCAAAUGUAGCAAACAAGGUAAUGAAGCAACUUUCUAUUGCAGUAGGGUAUCUUUUAUUUGUGUGUGUGUGGAUUAAAAUUGUAAACGGUAACAUGAAAUGAAUGGACUUUGUUGAUAUUAAUGAUAUUGGGGAAGGGAAAGAAGAUGACGAAGAAGAAAAAAGAAGAAGGAAAUGAAAAUAUUUUUAUGCCUACUUAGGAGGAAGAAAAAGGGUAGCACUAUUCAUUCCAAGUACUUUUUUUGUAUUCUUAAGCUCUUAACUCACAUUGUUAUGCUUAAAAUGAUAAACAUAUAUCUUCUUUUUAUUGCUUUGUCUUAUGUUUCAGAAGAAACAUUUCAUAGUUUAUGUCAAGAGGUGCCAUCCAAAUCUUUGGCCCCGAAGUUGUUAUUGCAUUCUGUAGUCGCAUUGCACUCCAUUUUUACCAUAUUACACCAUUGCUUCAUGUUUUCUUGUUUUGUUUUGUUUGCAUUGGACCUUUAAUUCGUAUUGCAGAGGUUCAGCCUCUUGAGGUUGUGGAGUACAACUGGUUCCUGAAUGUUGCAGCAAGUGAAGAUAAAAAUGUCUGUCCUGUAUUCCAUUGCUCUUCCCUUCCCACCUCAAUUCGUUUUGCUUUGUUUUCUAAAACGUCUUAGGAACUUGUUUUGAACAUAGAUCCGUAGUUCCAGUUUUUUAAAAAGUAUGUUAAAAGGCCUUCUUCUGAUUUCACUUACAUGCUGCCUCUUACAAAUGUACACAUAAUUGAAACUAACAUUGAAUGCUGGUGAGCUGUAUUGUUCUCUAAUCUAGAAGAUGAGUGGUUAAAAUACAUGUGGCCAGAUGGAGCUGGAAAGAGGAACGGAGGAUGUUGAGGUCAGAAUAAUAUCCUUACCAUUUGUGCUGAAAGUAUAGAACUUUGAGAAAGUGGCCAAUCCAGAUGUUAUAUUGCAUAGCUUUAUAAUGGGGAAGGGAGGUUGAGGAUCCCUUAAUCAAAUCCAUACAUCACCCCAAUAAUGCCCCUAAAAACUUCUGAAAACAAUAACCAAGACUGUGUUCCUAAACCUACUUGAAAAGGAGGUAAAAGCCUUAUUGACUGCAGUGGAACUAAAUUAUCUGUUAACCACACAAAGGCCCAUCACAGAAGGUGCCCUCCAUCUUGCUUCUUCUGAAUUUGAGCAGAAUUAGUAUACCUCUUUGGUAGUCAAAACUAUUGUACUUAAGCCAAAUUACCAUUUGCCAAAUGAUAUGUGUGCAAAGAGACCACCUGGUAAUCUAGACAUUGUGUUCUUUUCCUUAAGUGGAAAGAGCAGCUCUACCAACUUGUGCUGUUCCCCCCCCCCCCCUGAAAAGUACUAUUAUCUGGCUAGAUAAUGCAGACAAUUCUGAAAAACAGUUGCUGUAUCAGACUGCCAAGUCAUUAUAUGCACCCCGUGGUAAUUUGACACUCAAACAUCUGCAUACGUCCCAAAAUGUACAUGUAAAACAAGCUAUAGGAAAUUUCAGCAAGCAUGACAGGCAAUCAUUAGCUGGCCACCAAAAUGUCUUGCUAACAUUGGCAGCAUUACAAGAGUUGUAUUUCUUGUGGGCAAGUUAUUACUGAAUAAUUUGUCCAAUUUGAAAAUCCCAACUGGUCCUGUUGUCUGACACCGUUAGCCACAGAUCCUCUUGUUCUUCCCAUUGCUUAAACUCCAGCCACAAACAGGCCCAAAACAAGCCAAGGGUCUUCUACCAGUCAUCAAAUCCUCAAGGGCUUUAUAGACACAUCUCUUCAAAAUAAGGGUUUUAUUUUGUCUGCAUGAAAAGUACCUGGCACACUAUGCAGCAUGGCUGGUAGGUGACAUUUACCUUGAUAUUAAUGAAGCCUCAUUGUGUGCUUACGGUUUUUAACAGCUGGUUAGGCAAGGAAGUCAUUUCUGCUCUUGGUCAAGUAAAAGUAUUUUUCCAUAUUAUUUUUUUCAGCACCUUGAGACAUGUCCUAUAUCAAAAUUUGUGUCAUGGGCUGGACUUGAAAGGACAUGUCCUUUUUAUAGCUGCAUGAUGGUAGGUUAAAAACAGCAGGCUGCAAUUCUGUGUCAUCACCUUAGCUAUGUAGCCACCUAAGAAGUUACCCCCCAGCCCUGCCUUCCUCCCCAAAACUUAUUUACCAGACUUGAUUACUUGCCGCAAACAAGUGAAUACAUAGCAACCAUGACAGCAAACCAAUCAUGAAUGUGUAGGUUAUGCAUUUGUAACUGUCUUGGUGAAUUCUGCCAACAGUUUUUAUAUUUAAUAUGUUUUUUUAAAAAAAAAAAUCCUGGUAAGGACACUUAAAACAUAUAACUGCAUUCCAUUAAGAUUGGCAAUUGGCAUGCUUCAUCCAACAUCCUGCCAUCUCCAAGCAAAUCUCCAAGCUUUGAGGCCCGCGCUUGAAUGUCUAGCUUUUUAAAAAAUAUAUUUUUGAGUGCUUAUCUUUGAGAAGAUAUAGAGAAAAGAAAAUCACACCAGAUUUUCUCUCAUCCAUAAGCUAACUUGCGCCUACCUUCCAGUGUUUUGGGCUGUUAUUACACAGGAAGUGGCAUAAUUGAAAAGCUGUUGGCUGCCAUGUUUAAAUGUCACAAAACUCCAUGUUAUUUGUUUCAAUAUUUAAUAUGUUCACUAUAUCCAGCUACCUUAUCUAUAUUUUGGCUGUAAUUUUAUGUCCGAGCUUCUAUUCAGGGAAUCAUUCCCGCAGUGAUAUGAGAAAAAUACUCUUUCAGGAAGUGUGGAAACCUGGAUGCAGUCUGAGGGCUUUCCAUUGCCCUACCCCAGGCAAGGGCAAACUUCGUCCCUCCAGAUAUUUUGGACUUCAAAUCCUACUGGCUGUUAGGAAUUGUAGGAGUUGAAGUCCAAAACACCUGGAGGACCAUUGCUCAUGCUUGGCCUACCCCAUGCUGGACUGAAUGUAGGGUGCUAGAGAGCAUAUACCAUCAAUUAACUUCCCAUCUAAGAAGUUCCAGAAGACUUUUAAAAAGAUACAAAAUUGUUAGCAUGGACCAGGAUAACAUUCUCUGUUGUAACAUUUAAUCUAUGUGAAAGCAAAUAAAACAAUAAAUAGAUUGACACAAUCUGUCUAGGUCCAUAGGUAUUUUUGAUUUGACAUGCUGGGAUGCUCUAAACAUUAUUUCUUUAUAGUAAUGCAUUUUAUUCCCUCAUUAGUUUUUCCCUUGUUUUGUCCUCUCCCCCCCCCUUUUUUUUCCCUCCUCUUAAUGGAAAUGAAGGUUUCUCCAGCUUUAUUUAAAGGAAUACUUUGGUAAGUUGUGAGGAAAGGGAGAAUGCCUUAACUUGUUUUCAAUGAAAUCACAUAAUGAAUGAGAUUAUAUGACAUUAUUGUGGAAGCUGACUUCAUUUUUCUUUUCUCCCUGCCCUAUAAGCCCUACCCUUACAAACCUGCACCAGAUCACUCCAACUGCCCCCAACCCUCUGGUUAAAUUAUGAGGGAAGCAGGUGGCUGAUCGAGAUACUGGGAAUCUGAUCCCCCAGCCAUGUCUAUUUCAUUGGCAGAGACAGAAUUAUACACAACCCAGUGUAACUGACUCCAUACAAAGUCUGUAUCCCUGUAGAAUUGUCCCUAUUUGGCAGUCUCUUGUGGUUUUCAUCUCUGAAACGUUGGGAGCACCCUUAACUACCCAAACUAAAAACCAUAAUGCAGUAAACUAUAUUAGAUGCCACCCUGGUAAGGUAUUGGAGGACACAAAUUUGUCAGCUACGAGAUGAAUGCAAUAAAUGUCAGAUUAACAAAGUGAAUUGUUGAGGUUGUUAGUUUAUGAUCUAUGAACACACGGCAAAAGAUUGGCCAGGCCUUUUUGAUUUGAUUAUUCUUGAGCAAGCAAAAAAGGUAUAUAUUACUAGUUUUACCUUGUCUUUAGCUACUGUUAAACCAGAUUAAACGAGAAAUAGCAGUAUCAAAGUACAGUGCCAAUGAAAAACAUGAUCUGUUCACUUCCAUGCUGUCUUUUCAAUUCAAAUAAAUGCAUGCCCAUUUCAAGAAGAUUCUUACACAAGGACUAUCUCAGCCUGAUUAUACCAGAUUCAAAUUAUCUUUCUUAAAAAUGCCAAAGAAUUUGAAAAUCUACCCACUUCUGCAAAUAGAAACCAUGUUUUCUAGUUUUAAAAUAAUUUGUUUCUUACCAAUAUACCUUUCAGGAUAUCUUCCUCAUAAGGAUGGCAGCUACCAUCUCGAUCCUCAUGAGCCCUUCCCCAUUCUCUUUCAUAGAAUAUAGAUGCUGUAGGUCAGCCUUUUCUAGUCUGGCACCCUCCAGAUGUAUUAGACUGCAUGCUCCGUAAUCGCUGAGCAAUACAGCCAAGUAUCAAACUUCUUUAAUGAUGGGAAUUGUAGUGCAACAUGUGAUGUACUUGCGUGGACAGAGUGUUCAGAAGACCACAAGGGUGGUUCUUUAUAUGCAGGACUCGCCAUACAGGGUUGGAGCUAUCUAAUCCCAACUGAUAAACUGGAUGUUGCAGCCACCAUUUUAUUGAAAUAGGUUAUAGGAAAGAGCCACAUACAAGAUACUUAGGGUAACAGUUUUGGUUUCCUAUGUUGUCCAAUAGUUCAAUGUUCAAUACUUAAUAUGUAAAUUUGCAGCGAUUGUAACAAGAGGGUAGGGAUUGUGUGAUCAUUUGAAUUGCCUAAAGGAGAAAAAUGGUGGACACCUAAUACAGACAAAUGGCGUCUGAAAGGUACCAUUCUGGAAAAAAAAACCUAGCUUAUUUUCUACUGCAGAAACUCAUUUUAAAUUUAGAUAAGGAUUACAUUUAGUGCUUCACAUAUAAUAGCUAAGUUGCUUCUCCCUCUUGAAAUUAAUUGAAUUGCUAUACCUUACAAAAGGGCAUCCUACUGUUACAUCAGCAUUGAAUACAAACACCCCAGAAAAUUGGUUUAUUUCUCCAAUAGAGAAACAGAACUCCAGUAGUUUAUGACUCUUAAGUAACUUCUCUCCUUUCCUCCCCACUUCAUUCCAACCAGGACCUGACUUCACAGAGGGCUUCCUUCAUGUACUUCAUGCUAGGGCCACUUUUAAUACUAAAUCCAUUCUUCCAUUGUGCUGUAGGAGGAAGAAAAGCCAACUUCUCAAAAUGAAUUUGUCAUUUAACACACCAGCAAUGGCAGUUUCACCCAUGGAUCUAAGCAUUUUGUUUCAAUGUAUAGCUCUGAAUUGCCUCUAGAAUACUCAUUGCUGUUCCGUCUUUGACAAUACAUGGUUAUUUUGUUUUUGCUUUAUCUUAAGUGUGCUUUCCUCCUUCUGGUUUUCAUAGUGCAUGUUCAUUUCUACUCACCAACAUGUUCCUGGUGUAUUUCUUAUGCAAACAAUUCUUCAGGCAGCAAAAGAUGUCUGUUACAUCUAAACUUGAAUAAUAAAGUUUUACCACCAGUUAUAAACAAAAGAAAGAGAAA